AUGUCUCUCGAAGUCUUGUCAAGCGCUUGUCAAGACCAUAAGGCUGGCCUGACCUCUUCAUCGCCCUCAAUUGAGCUGCCAGGUCUUCGGCGGCCGAUGAAAACCCAUGGUCCGUAUGCAUUCAGUGAAGAGGAAUUGAAGACUGUCGAUAGGAAUCAAAUAGUUGGUGUCUUGGAUUCCGCGCCAACAAUAUGGGACAAAGGCGGGGUUAAGAUCGUUCGAAUCGCUGAAAACGCCGUCGUCAAGUAUGGAUGCGAGGUGAAGAUUUCGGAAGCUAGGAAUAUGGAAUUUGUGGCUCACCAUACUAUGAUCCGGCUUCCUCGGAUUUUCGAUGCAUGGUCAGAAAAUGAAACGAAACACGUCGAUGAUGACACUGAUAUCUGUUUCAUCGUUAUGGUUACAUAG